ACCCUAACCCACACAAAAUCUGUUCAAUGUUUCACCCGCAUACCCACUCGUCAUCUGGAGCAACGCAAAUACACUGCACCUAUGUUCUAGAUACCCGCAGGCAGCUCCUGCUCGUACUCGUACUACCCUGCGAGACAGCAUCUUGUAUUCAAAAUGCAUUACAUAAGGUUGCUCAAACCUCCAGUCAUCAACUCUAAACAGACUACCGCCAGACAGUCGCAAAUCCACGUGGAGCUCGUCCUCACAAUCACCACAGAUCUCGGGGACUCUUUCCUCUGCCCGAAGACCCCCUUGGACCUCGAGGUCUUCAUAUCAGAAAGGUCAUCCAGACAGAAUUGGGACGGUCUCAAUGAAAAUGCUGAGCCGGACCGGUCCCAGCAGUUCCGCAAGGUGCCAAUGCCACGCCCACCACGGUGGACCGCAGGCAGUCGCGUCCUCAAAACCGAGUUUCUGCUACCAGCUUUCAACUCCAUAGAAGCGCUGGGCGAGACGACUCUGUGUGUUCGGCCUGCCAACCGGUCCCUGUCUUCCGAUGCAACAGCCGACCUGCUCAAUACUCACGGGUUGGUAAUGCCCAUCUACGUCGAGCUCCGGCCGUCCGCACCCGCGGAGACUGUGGCGCUGCGCAGGCUUCGGUUCUCAGCACCUGGCAGCGACCAGCUAGUGGCAAUGCGUCGUCCUGUGGCUGUGGAGGUGGAAGAGGAGCUGGGGGAGAGCAUUGCGCGCCAUGUUUGGGACGCCGGUGUGUGCAUGACUGCCAUGGUAUCUUCCAUGUGCUCUGUUGGACCCGAUGGAAAGAUGGCAACCCUGCCAACAAUGAAAGAUAUUCUUACCGCUGGCGAUAGCUUGUCCGUGAUCGAGAUUGGUUGCGGCGUGGGCAUCUUAGGCAUCGGACUAGCCACUGCCUUGCUGCGCCGGCAAAGGUGUGAUGAUGAGCGAGGAGGACAAACGAGCGGACCUAGUCCCAUCUCUAUCCUUAUGACGGAUCUCCCCGAGGCGCGCGACAGGGCCGUGGCUAACAUCGCUCGCUACGACCGCAUGAACUCACAUGGGCCCCCGCAGCGGGAAAGCGGACAGGACGGAUCGGAAGAGGACCGGGCCGUCGAGGCACGGCUCAUACCUGUGGACUACGAGGAUCUUGACUGGGAAGACGGACGCAAGGGCAUUUUCGGCCCCAAGGUCAACGCUCGCCCAUGGGACCUGGUCAUGCUCAGCGACUGCACCUACAACGUCGACAUGCUCCCGGCCCUGGUCGAGACCCUGACUGCGCUGCAUCGCUCCGUCACGACAGCCUCUGCCUCGGUCGCUGGCCCCAAGGUGCUACUCGCCACCAAGCCGCGCCACGAGUCCGAAAAGGCCCUGUUUGGACUCAUGCGUGACGCCGGAUGGAGCAUUUCGGACCAGGCGGUCCUGCCUCUCCCCGUAAUGGGUGGUGAGGCUGAGAUCAUAGAGGCCUAUCUAUUCACUAGGCCCGCAGACAGUGGUCCCUGAGUUUUCACACCCGAAGAGGGGGUUUUGUUUACACCAACAGCAAUCACCGGUACUAUGCAACAACUAUUGCUGAGCCGGUGUGUCGGUAAACGUCACCACGUGCCCGCCGACCUCCAAGCCCGCCCGCGGACUACCUUCGGGGCUCCGUUUGAUGAUACAUCACGGGGCAGGGUCCGCCAUCCAGCCCGGUUAUUGUUUCCCCUGUACUAGCCAAAAAGCUCCCCGCCUCGCGUGAGGGGUAAAAACAAAAAGAUGGCUGGCAAGCUGGGUCGACGCCUCCAUCACGAGGCCAAGUGGUUUGGACGCCCUGGCGUUCGAUGGUCAAGGGAGCUAGACCCUUGUCUUUGCCCGUCACUCUGCACUAUCAUCUCGGUCGGAUCAGGAACAAACAAGGUCUCUUUCUCUAGCGUAGUAGAGGCUUUUUGGGAGAUUAUGUUUCAGACUAUUAGGGUGAACCCCGCCGGGCCGCCACCGCGUCCUUUUUUUUCCCUCUCAAUUCAGGGACAACAUCCGUCUAUAGUGCGGGGUUCGAUGGGAUAGGGCCGUUGUCGAAUGAUGCUAAGGUUGUGGAUCGUAUAGUGGCGGGGUGAAAUGAACGCAGGGCACAAGAUGCGGGACGCACUUACUUGGCUUUUUUUGGGGGGGAGAGGGGAACUUGGCGAACACAACCAAACGGGCACUGUGACAAACGGGCACUGUGAAAAAUUGACGAUCGCGGGUAUCGGUCAAGUUAUCAUUUGCUACCAGUUUUCUGAACGACCAUCGAUCCAUUUUUCAUUUACCGUUCCUUGCGUUCCCACUUGAUCUACAGCCAAUAUGCGGGGUUUUGCUAUGGCGUGAGCAAAUCGUGUGAACGGAAUGCGACAAUCAUCUGGAUCUCACACGGUCGGGGUUUUUAUUCUUGUUCUUGGUAGAGUUGUCGGUUCAGGUUCUUGAACGACAAUCCGGUGGUUGUCGUCAUCGAGACAGGGAUUGGAAGACCGAUGAGAGCUUUAACGGGGGGCAUUCACUAUCCUUCUAGGUACCUCGUGGUCAUCACCCGCCCCAGCCUCUUCCUUAUCCACUGACGUUUGCGCUAAAAGGGAAGAAGGGGGUGUGUACAAACUAGGUCCUCAAAGUAUCCUGUACUUUCCCCUAUGUUUCGAUGCAUAGUCUUUAAUGCAUCGUCUUUUCGUACCGUAGAUGGUAGCAUUCCACCAUCACAAAAAAAAAAAAAAAAAAAAAAAACGCCGGAGGCGCCGGGCUUUUUCUCUGCUGACCUCCCAAAAACAGGGUUGCGCGCGUAUUAUUGACUGGCUUUCAUUCGCGGCCGGCAUAUUUGCGAAGCUAGGCUGCCAUUCCGUUCGUCAGCUUGCUGUGAUGAAACCAGGCUACUUCCAAAGAGGCGUAUAUGCAAAGCAUAGGGGACAAGGGCAAAUAUGGGUACCGGCGCGCUGGGUAUAUGCAAGCCUCUUUUUUUUUUCUGUUCAGGUAUGAAUUAUCUGUGAUUCUACAGUUACGUUGUUGGUC